CGUUGAGGUCUCCGUGAGGAAGACCGCGAGCAAGUAUCAGACUCGAGGAGCUGUCCGUUGAACCCCAGCCUGUCUACAACUGACGGCGAAUAUGACCAAGGUGAAGCAGGUGGGUUUGCUGGCAGCAGGCUGUCAGCCCUGGAAUAACGACGUGUGUGCUGCCAGUGGAGACCGCUUUGCCUACUGCGCUACUCUUGCCAUAUACAUUUACCAGUUGGACCAGCAGUACAAUGAGUUCAAGUUAAGGUCCAUCAUGUCAGAACACAAGAAGACAAUAACAGCCAUAAGUUGGUGUCCUAAUAACGCUGAUCUGUUUGCGUCAGCCUCGGCUGAUAACCUACUCAUCGUGUGGAAUGUAGCUGAGCAAAAGGCUGUAGCACGACUGGACAACACGAAAGGAGUCCCUGCAGCAGUCAGUUGGUGCUGGAAUUCCGCUGACGGAGUGGCGUUUGUCUCCCAGCGUGGUCCGCUAUAUGUUUGGGUCUAUGGGAAUUCUGACCAUGGUGUCACAGUGCAUAAAGAGGCCCACUCUUUCUUGUCCGAUAUAUGCCUCUUCCGAUGGCACCCCACCAAGAAGGGAAGACUCGUAUUUGGACAUACUGACGGAAGUUUGUCUAUUUUUCAGCCAGGAUGCAAGAGUCAAAAGCAUGUGUUGCGUCCUGAGUCUUUAGAGGGGACAGAUGAAGAGGACCCAGUCAGCGCUCUGGAAUGGGAUGCUUUGUCAACAGACUAUUUAUUAGUGUCCAACCUCAAUAAUGGCAUAAGGCUGGUGGACAGCGAGGCCUUGGCUUGUAUCACAUCUUUCUGCUUCCCCUCGGCUGCUGCAUCAGUUCAGUGUCUAGCUUGGGUCCCCUCUGCCCCAGGCAUGUUCAUUACUGGAGAUUCCCAGGUUGGAGUAUUACGGAUAUGGAAUGUGUCUCGCUCCACUCCUUUGGACAGCAUUAAACUCAAGAAAACUGGAUUUCAUGCUUUACAUGUCCUCAACACCCCUCUUGCAAAAAAAGCUCAGAGUUCCUGUUCUCCCAGUAAAAGUCAACACACGAGCUCUACCAGUGAGGCAGUACCUCCCCCAACUCUUUCACAGAGCCGGUCCUUCUCUUUGCCUCCUGGCCAUGCAGUGUGCUGCUUCAUGGAUGGAGGGGUGGGACUCUAUGACAUGGGAGCGAAGAAGUGGGACUUCCUACGUGACUUGGGUCAUGUAGAGACCAUCUUUGACUGCAAGUUUAAACCUGAUGACCCAAACUUGUUGGCCACGGCUAGCUUUGAUGGAACCAUCAAAAUCUGGGACACAAAUACUCUGACAGCUGUUCACACCUCCCCUGGCAACGAAGGAGUGGUGUACUCCUUGUCCUGGGCUCCAGGUACACACACAAGCACCCACAGCCACCCAUACACAUGUACACACACAUUCACUAAGGUUACGUUUCAGUGGAAAUGGUUCUGUGUGUGUUUUGAAGGGGACCUAAACUGCAUAGCAGGUGCAACGUCUCGCAAUGGAGCUUUCAUCUGGGACGUCAGGAAAGGAAAGAUUGUCACGCGCUUUAAUGAGCAUGGUAAAAAUGGUAUAUUUUGUAUAUCCUGGAGUCAUAAAGAUUCAAAAAGGAUUGCAACUUGUAGUGGUGACGGAUUCUGCAUCAUUCGGACCAUUGAUGGUAAAGUCCUUCAUAAGUACAAACACCCGGCUGCAGUUUUUGGCUGCGACUGGAGUCAGAACAACAAAGAUAUGAUUGCCACCGGUUGUGAGGAUAAGAAUGUUCGCGUGUACUACUUGGCCACCAGUUCAGACCAGCCGCUGAAGGUCUUCACUGGACACCUAGCUAAAGUAUUUCAUGUGCGCUGGUCUCCACUCAGAGAAGGGAUACUAUGUUCUGGAUCAGAUGAUGGUACUGUUCGUAUAUGGGAUUACACACAGGACGCUUGUAUCAAUGUGCUGAGUGGUCAUACAUCUCCAGUCAGAGGCCUCAUGUGGAACACAGAGGUUCCAUACCUCCUCAUUUCCGGUUCUUGGGAUUAUACAAUCAAAGUUUGGGACACAAGAGACGGGACUUGCUUGGAUACAGUCUAUGACCAUGGCGCUGAUGUCUAUGGUUUAACAUGCCAUCAGAGUCGUCCAUUCACCAUGGCCAGUUGUAGCAGAGAUAGUACAGUGAGGCUUUGGUCUCUGACACCCCUCAUCUCUCCUCUGCUGCUAAACAUCCUUACCAACCAACCCUGGGAGAAGAUCAUAGGAAACACCGAUACAGCUAUGGUUCCUGGCUCUCCACCACUGCUCUGUGGUAAAGUCUCAAGAGACAUUAAACAGGAGCUGGAGAAGCUCAACUUUGACACCACAACCAAGAAGCUGCGUUGGUUCUCUGAAUGCUUUUCGCCUCCAGGGGGCAGCAGCAACCUGUGGGACUUGGUGUCGGUCAUUAUGGGGCAGGACGACUCACUGCUACCAGGCAGCUACAGCAGGGGUGUGAUGCACAUGAAGCACCUCCUAAAGUUCAAAACAUCUGAAGCCCAGGAACUGACCAUCAUCAAGAUGUCUAAAUUUGGGGGUGGUAUUGGUGCGCCCAGUAAGGAAGAGCGCCUCAAAGAAGCAGCAGAUAUCCAUCUGAGGCUGGGACAGAUUCAGCGAUACUGUGAAUUAAUGGUGGAGCUUGGACAGUGGGAGAAGGCAUUAGCUGUAGCACCAGGAGUAUCCAUGAAGUACUGGAAAAAACUGAUGCAAAGGAGAGCCGACCAGCUGGUGACGGAGGAUAACGAUGAUGCAAUCCCAUACUGCAUUGCCACAGCAGACAUAAAGAAGCUUGUGAGCUUCUUCACUGGCAGAGGACAACUGCUUGAGGCCUUACUCAUUGCACAGGGGGCAUGCGAGGGGAACAUCCGGCCACCUCAAACUUCCGCAAUCAACAAUACGACGAAUGAUGUGGAAAACAGACAACAAUAUCAAAGUCUUCUUCAUAAGGUAUGUGGACAACUGGCUGAGUGGUAUUUCCAGGAUGGCCGCUCUGUCCUGGCUGCAUGCUGCCACCUAGCAGUGGACAAUGUCAAGCUGGCCAUGUCUAGUCUGAUCAGAGGUAAUGAGCUGGAGCUGGCUGCAUGUAUGGGUAUAGUUCUUGGAGAGGCAGUGGAUCAGAGCACAGCCUACUGUCUUGAGCUCCUGGCCAGGAAGUACAUGACCCAGCCGACAUGGGAGCUCUCAACUGAUAUACUUCGAAUGAUUCCUGAGAACCAUAUUUUACUUGCAAAGGUGUGUGCAUUUUUCACAGGAAGUACUGCAGAAAUCAACCAGUUACAUGAAAAGUGCUCCCUUCCGUCAUUAGAGGAGUGUAAAGCUUUGGCAGAGGAAGCCAUGUGUGACGGAGAUCUGUUUUCCGCCGUUAAAUUUCACCUUCUGACCUCUGAACCUGAAAACGCCCUGAAGAUAGGGAUAGAUCGUGUCAAAGAGCAGCUCAGUGGAUCUGAUUGGAUCGUGGACAGUGUUCAUCCAAUCCUUGACCUGCUGAGCUAUAUUAGAACUGACCACCUCCUCAUGCCCAAGUUCACCGAAGCUCGCAGUGAGCUGUUGAUCCUGUGUGGUUACAUCGGAGGUCUGCUGGCUAUACGGAGACAGUACGCAAGCAUCGUACCUGCACUCUAUGAAUAUACCAGCCAGUUGCUAAAGCGGAGAGAAGUGAGUCUUCCUCUGAAGAUUGAGCAGCUGUCGACGGAGCUGGAUGCCUGGCAGGCAUGCACUCAAAGUAACAGCAACCCACCAUCAGAGAGUCAAAAAGAAACCUUCCAAUGCCUUGAGAGGAGAAUCCUGCCUGUCAGCGCAGUCCUGUGUGGUGCUGAUUACGUGACAGGUUCCAAUUUGCCGAGCCACUCCGAUGUUCAGCUUUCCUGUUUCACUGGACACAGAAUACAGGGUCCCGUAUUUCUACUUGAAGAUGGCAAAUCAGCAAUUUCCCUGAAUGACGCUUUAAUGUGGGCAAAAGUCAACCCCUUCUCCCCACUAGGAACAGGAGUUCGCAUCAACCCCUUCUAACACACACUGCACCGACAAAACACAACCAUGAGAAAAGAUACAAGUGUUAUCACUGGCAAAAUACGACUGAGCCAACAAACGUGAAAUCAUUUCAUGUAUUUGUGAUUCUACAGAGAUAACAUUUUUUUAAGUUCCUGUUUUUUAGUCACUGUGUCAGAAUCAUCGCUUAUUCUUUUGAAGGAAAUAUGAAAUGUGUUUCGUCUCUACAUUACAGUAUUCAUCACCUUUAAAAAGAACGAGUUUAGAAAGAAUACUGAAAUAAAUGUAUGAUUCCA